AUGGCAGCUGCUGCUGAUCCACAUGACGUGCUUUGUUCAACGGAUGGAAAAGAAAAUUUUAUACGCCUCACCCGACUUUUAAUAAGUGGAGGCACGACUCUUUUAAGGGAAACGUUUGACAUGAUUAUUUCACCAAGUACACUUCCAACAACCUUGAACAAUUCUAGUACGAAAGCACAGCUUAAGACAGCGAAACUUACCAAGCCACAAUGGGACUGUCUUUACCCCUCUCCAGGGCUGUACGGCAGGUCGACAGAUUUUGAUGUCACCUUGCUAUUUCGUUUGCUCAGGACAAUAUGCAACCUCGCCCCUCCAACCACAGGAUGGGAUGCGAUACCAGCCACUACAGACCACAGUUUAACUGCAGAUUUGGUCAGAAUAAAACAUUACCGAAACUCAGUCUAUGGACACGUGAACCAAGGCAUGUCAAUAACUGAUGACGAGUUUUUGACACUUUGGAAGGAAAUUAGCGACGCUCUAGUCCGGAUUGCCGGGCAAAUCAGCCCUAUAACGAAAACUGAAUGGCAAGUAGCUAUCGAUAAGUUUUUAACAGAUCCUCUCACUGUAGAGCAUGAGCGGCAUGUUGUUGAAUUGGAGAUGUGGUAUCAAAGUGAUACGGAAGUCAAAAAAAGCAUAGAGGAACUAAAAAUAGCAGUUUCAGAGGACAUCAAAGGCAUCAAAGAUCAUCUAGAGCGGGAUGUAACUCAAGAAGGCAUUGACCGUUUGGAGAGAAGGGUUCAAGAUCUACAAACUCAAGUGGAAAAGGUGAAUCAGUCUAUAGACAGACUUAACUCUCCAGCGGGCUUGUGCUCACCGUCAAGAGGUAACUGAAUUAUUUAACACCCUGUGUAAUGUCACGUACGCGGUUUUAGAAAGUCCUAGACGAAUACACUCUUCAGCUCUAAACCUAAUCUCUAUUUUGAGGUCACGGUCAUUAUUGUCUAUGUCCAAAUGAAAUUUUUUUUAUCUUCACCUGUGUUAAACGUUCCGCAUAGUUAAGUAUUUCCUCUCUUUUUAUCUGUGAAUCUCUUUAACACACGGAAGAGGAAAAAUGCCCUAUCCGCGUCUUCGUGUUUUGAUUCACUGUUAGUUUGGUCAAACUUGUAGUAAGCGGUCAACCUAUAUUAAUUGGUCGAUUGACCAUUUCCCUGUGGAUUAAAGUUUGUUAUAUCAAGUAAAUGGUUAUUUUAGUAUUAAUGGAGCUCUGCUCUUAGGCGUGGUUAAAAGUUGACAUCUUAACGCUUUCACUGCUUUAGUGGCCAAUAAUAUAGUAACAAAAAAAAUUUCAAAGGUAGAAUAAUUCUUAUUCUAAUUCUCCAUCUAUACUGGACUGAUCAACAACUGUGGAGACUAUCAUUUUAGCUUCCACUGAUGUUAACAUGACAAAUAAAAACAUGGAUUUGACAUGACUAGUGGUCGAGACAAGAGUAUACACGCUUGUUCAAUCGUUUAUUGUUCCGUUUACUUUUUUUUCGUUAACGAUGACUCGUGAUCAGAGAAGAGAUGGCUACAUUCUCGGCGGACUACCCUGGCUGGUUUUUUUUCUUGGCUUGAACCUGAAAGUCUAACUCAGUAUUUCUUUUUCAGCCAACGUAACAGCUCUUCUACGACUUUGGCUUAAUUGUGAGAGGUUGGCAGGACCUUCUUCUCCAAGUGGAGUGUUCCAAGAAGCUGUGAUCCAGGGAUCCACAGGCAUUACCCUUGUCUCAGAUCAGCCACAAACCGGCUUUGCGAGAGGUACACAAGAGGAGGCUCUAAACACGCAGAAACCCGAAGGAGUGGUCCAGGGGAUGGCCGUAGCACAUACACCUGUCAGCCCAAAUAUGCCACAAGGUUUGGUUACAAGGGAUGUACGAGAGGGCCCUCCAUCAGUGGUACGGGAACUUCCAGGAGUGGUACAAGGAGCGCCGUUAGUAGAUCCUGUCCCCUCAAGUCAACCACAAGUAACGACUACAUCUCAGUCUACCCAAGAAGUGUUGGAUAUGAUUGCGUCAAAGUACUUUCAGAAACUUGACCCAUCAACACCUGAAGAUUUCAAUGGUUUUAUAGAGUACAUGGAAAAGGUACGCAAAGUGAUUAUUGCUGAUGUUAAAACAGGAAGCUUGAUUAUCACUGUUGAAUGCAGUUCUCUCCAAAUCCUUGACGAACUGUGGAUAGACUACAAAACAGGUCACCUUAAUGAAAUGGCACAGAAAUACCUUGUGACAGAAGACGUUCUUAAAGCGUUUGGGCUAACAGAGCUGAAACUGAAGACAUCGAUCGUGGAGGAGGAGUACAGAGCUUGUCGCGAGGUUUUCUUAACGAGUUUAGGUAAGUACUCUGGUACUUAA